GAACGGAUUGCUUCAGUGCACCCACUACAGCAAGCCAUUUAUGUUGUCUAGUAGCUAGAUGUCACUGUUAGACCAAUAUGCACCGUAUUACCUUUCGAAAUAACCUGCCAUAACUCGUACGUGCAGUUCCUUGUUUACUUAAGAGCAUGUUUUACUGUUCGAGCAUGUUUCUGACUCGAAGAGCAAUGAUUUGGAUCAAGCUUGCAGCUGCAUCGAAAAUUGCUAGGUGUUUCAUAGACCCGUGUGAGGCGUCUUGUUUUAUCGAGUGAGUGAAGUGCUUGGUAGAAGGGGAAGGCGAUGGCAGCCCCCGAGGUUAGUGUGGCCCGCUGGAGCCCCAAGCAGGUGGCGCGCUGGCUGGAGGAGGAGGGUUUCGGGGAGUACGUGGACCUCCUGUGCACCGAGCACCGCCUGGAUGGGGUCAGCCUGCUCACGCUCACCGAGUACGACCUGCGCAGCCCACCGCUGAAGAUCAGGGUCCUGGGCGACAUCAAGCGGCUGAUGCUGUCGCUGCGGCGACUGCGGCGGCAGAACGGAACCGCCCUGCAGGAGCUGGGCGUGGCCUGCGAGGGGCGGGACCAGGCUUGUGAUGGGUGGGACUGGGUCUGUAGUGGGCGGGGCCAUGACUCCUGCGACGGGCCCACGCGCCGAUCUGCCUCCGGUCUCUGCCACCAGCACCAGCACGCCAACGGAAAGUUCCGGCCGAGCGGGUCGGAGCUGGACCCGGAGUGCUGGAAGACGGCGGUGAGCUCCGUCUACGUCAUGCUGGUGUGCGGCCUCACCUCCUUCGUCAUGGUGAUCGUGCACGACCGCGUGCCCGACAUGCAGACCUACCCGCCCCUGCCCGAUAUAUUCCUGGACAGUGUACCCCGAAUCCCCUGGGCCUUUGCCAUGGCUGAGGCAUGUGGGCUGGUCCUGUUCAGUAUUUGGCUGCUGGUUCUUCUGCUUCACAAACACAGGUCGAUCCUGAUGCGACGUCUCUGCAGCUUGAUGGGGACGGUCUUCAUGCUGCGCUGCGUCACCAUGUUCGUCACCUCUCUCUCCGUCCCGGGACAGCACCUGCAGUGUUCCGAAAAGAUGUACGGGGACGUCUGGGAGAAGCUGCGGCGGGCGCUGGCCAUUUGGAGCGGCUUCGGGAUGACCCUGACGGGCGUGCACACCUGCGGGGACUACAUGUUCAGCGGCCACACCGUCGUGCUCACCAUGCUCAACUUCUUCGUCACCGAGUAUACGCCGCGGGGCUGGAACUUCAUCCACACGCUGUCCUGGGUCCUGAACUUGUUCGGCAUCUUCUUCAUCCUGGCGGCGCACGAGCACUACACCAUCGACGUGUUCGUGGCCUUCUACAUCACCACGCGCAUCUUCAUGUACUACCACACGCUGGCCAACGCGCGGGCCUACCAGCAGAGCCGCCGGGCGCGCGUCUGGUUCCCCAUGUUCUCCUUCUUCGAGCGCAACGUCCACGGGCCCGUGCCCAACGAGUACUGCUGGCCCUUCGACAAGCCCGCCUUCAUGAAGAUGCUGAUCGGCUAGCGCCACGGGCGUCCAGAGCGCCGGUCGUUGGUCUUUUUUGUGGCAGCGUCUUUUUUUUCCAGGAGUCUCGAGCCAUUUAGACGGCCUGUAAAUGAUGAGACUUUGGGGGUCCCGGAGACUUGCUGGUCGCAGUCGCGGUGUCCGUCACGGUAACGGUCUGUGAGAUGUCGGCGUCGCACUGAGGUGCUGACUUUAGCAAGGCUUCUCGAUAGCGACGAGCGGCUGUCGGCUCUCUGCUUCGCGAUGGGCAGUGAAGCCGGCUGUCUGAUUUCUGUCUUUCACCUGUGGGCCCAGGGAGAGAUUAAAACCAGAUGCUUUUACCUGCACUUUCAUUUUCAUGAAAAGGCCGAUGAGGGAAUAGAAAUUAAAAUUGAGUACAUGACGAUAUUAAAGCAGCAGGGUUCAUCAUUGUAGCGUUGGGUGAAAGAUGGCAUGCUGCGUGGUCUUGGUGCUGGAAUGCGAGGAGUUAACUCAUACAUAGGUGCCCCCAGAUUCCUUGGACCUACUCUCCGUUUAAAAGUAGCAAUGCCAAUGCAUAAAUAGCCAUAACAAUUCUUGUUUUUGUAUCGUCUUGUGACAUUUCAACUGAUUCUUAUUUGGUGCAGAUAAUUGAGAGACUUGAAUCAUUGCCAAAUAUAAGUGAAUAUUUUGUCUUAACAUAUAUAAUUUUCCAGCAAACCUUCAGUAUUAUGGAAAUGUGGUGUGUGUGUAUUUACACUAAAUCUGUCAUUUCGCACUGGCCUACUUCAGGGGUUGUGCUAAUGUAGGAAAUGAAAUGCUGAUGUAUAAUAAUUCAAUUUAAGAAAAAGCUUUGAGCAUAUUUGAUCUCUUGAAUAACAAAUAUCCAAAACGUAUAUGGUAUAUGUGGAUAAGCCUCCUUAGCUUACCUCAAACCAAAGAUGCCUAUUUGCAUCAUUUAAAAUCACUGUUUCAAUUUUCAUAAUUUAUUAUAAUUUAACUUUGAAAAUUGUAUUUAUUUUUUCCUGUUUUAUCAUUUUUAUAAAGAUUUUUAAAAUUUUGUUGUGACUAAUUUAAAUUUGAAUUGCUGACUGUUAUGUUAUAUAAUGGUUGGGUAAUGCUAUGACCUACUGUACUGGAACAGAAAUAAAAGAUUACCGCGGUGC